AUGUUAUUAAUAAGUGCGGAAUCAGCUGAUCCUUAUUCAACUAUUGUGGUGGAUCCCAAGACUGGAGUUUCUGCAUGGAGUUUCAAAGGCUCAGAACUUCAAGGUGGAGCUGCUUCCUCGGUUGUACCUUUAGGAAACUCUGGAGACGUUUUAAUGAUACCUAUCAAAGAUCGUCCAAUAUUACAUGCUAUAGCAGUUCAUAACAAAGACCGAUAUCAUAUAAAAACAGUAGUCGGUGGUCCGAUUUCUAGUUUAUGUACCAAUUCGGAUGGUUCUCUAGUCUUCGCUGGAAUUAAGACUCAAAUCUUUGUUUGGUUGUUAACUUCUGGCGAACUUUUAUCGGUUACAGACGCUUUCUAUCAAAAUAUUACGAAAAUUCUUCUAUCGGAUGACGAUUCAUACCUUUUUGCUAUUUCCAAAGACGGCUCUAUAAAUGUAUAUUUAGUCGUUGACUUAUUAUCAGUUGAUAGAGGCCAAAGAGUGAAUCCAAUUAGGACGUGGUCGGCUCAUUCUAAUAAUGUUAUGGAUAUUGCAAUAACUCAAGGAUUAAACCCUAGAAUCGUCACAUGUGGAAUGGAUCAUGUAGCGUUUGUUCAUUCGAUAUCUCUUAACACAGCCCUUUUAAAAGUUUCUGCGGAUAGACCGUUGACUAGUUGUACUAUAGAUGCCGGUGAAACUCGAAUUUUCUUAGGUACUGAUAAUGGAAAUAUAGCUCAGAUUAACCUUUACACUUUGGAUGGGAGAGAUGAACUACUCAUCCAAACAGCAGACGAUAAGGACGAACGUUUCCCUGUCUUCCACGGUCAUUCUGCUGAGAUUAAAAGACUCGCCGUUAAUAAUGAUAGUACACUCUUAGCAUCUGGAGAUAUCGAAGGAAAAUACUGUAUAUGGGAUAUUGUUAGCAGACAAUGCUUAAAGGUCAGCACGUUGAGAGGAGCCAUAUCAACUCUCCAAUUUAUUCCUAAUUGGAUCACGUUGUCCUCUAAGGAUAUAACGCCUUUACCCAAGCCAACAUUAGAUCUCGAAAAAGGUGUUUCAACAUUCAAACAAAUACCAUUGAAUGUUAGUAAAUCUAGUACUUCUGAGGCUACUGAGUUCUUUAACGACCUUGCCGACGGGUUGGCCAAAAGGUUCCUUGGCAAUCAUGGUGAACCACAGAUCAGAGAAGUGGCUAUAACCAAGCCAAUAGAAACAUCUGCUUCCUCUUUAAAAAGAACCAACUCCAAUAGUGUCAAGACGGAUUCAUCCGUUGAGUACACGGAUGAAGAGAAGAUUCGAGCAAUGGUAGAAGAAAACAAAAAGCUGAAAGCUAUAAAUGCCCAAAUGUACGACUUUGUUGCGAAGGAACUCCUUCAGUAA